GUUUUUUGAAGUCUCCAACUCUUAAACUUCUGGAGUGAGGCCUGAUACCACUGAGAGAAAGCCUGCAAUGGAGGCGCCGCCAAUUGUUUCCCCUACCAAAACGCUGCCGUUCCGAUCAGCUUCACCUUCCUCCUCUCUUCUCUUUCGCCGCAAGCAUCGUCUCAAUUGCUGCCGCAGACCUUCUAGAAGCUUUACCGUCCGUGCCUCCUCCGCUGCUGGUGAUGAUUCAGUGGUGACUCUGCUUGAUUACGGUGCCGGCAAUGUUCGGAGUGUCAGGAACGCCAUUCGCCGCCUGGGCUUCCAAGUCAAAGAUGUCCAAACUCCCAAGGAUAUUUUGAAUGCCGACCGCCUAAUCUUUCCUGGUGUGGGGGCUUUCGCUGCGGCCAUGGAUGUGCUGAGCAAGAAUGGGAUGGCUGAAGCGCUCUGUGAAUAUAUUGAGAAAGAUCAGCCGUUUCUAGGCAUUUGUCUUGGACUUCAGCUCCUUUUUGAAUCCAGUGAGGAAAAGGGACAAGUGAGUGGUCUUGGCUUGAUACCUGGAGUGGUUGGGCGUUUUGACUCAUCAAAUGGUGUUCGAGUGCCACAUAUCGGGUGGAAUGCUUUGCAGAUUAGAGAAGACUCUUUAAUUUUGGAUGAUGUUGGAACCCAUCACGUCUAUUUCGUCCACUCUUACAGAGCAAUGCCAUCGGAUGAUAACAAAGAAUGGGUUUCAUCUACCUGCAACUAUGGUGACAAUUUCAUUGCAUCUGUUAGAAGGGGAAAUGUGCAUGCAGUUCAAUUCCACCCUGAGAAAAGUGGAGAUGUUGGUCUUUCCAUAUUGAGAAGAUUUCUCUAUCCAAACUCACCCUUGGAGAAGAAGCCCACUGAAGGGAAGGGUUCCAAACUUGCAAAGAGGGUUAUUGCUUGUCUGGAUGUGAGGACGAAUGACAAAGGAGAUCUUGUUGUAACCAAAGGAGACCAAUAUGACGUAAGAGAGCAUACAAAAGAGAAUGAGGUGAGAGAACUUGGAAAGCCUGUGGAGCUUGCUGGACAGUAUUACACAGAUGGAGCUGAUGAGGUCAGCUUUCUGAAUAUUACCGGUUUCCGGGACUUCCCUUUGGGUGACUUGCCUAUGCUACAGGUAUUGAGAUAUGCAUCAGAAAAUGUUUUUGUGCCAUUAACAGUUGGAGGUGGCAUUAGAGAUUUUACCGAUGCAACUGGCAGGCACUAUUCUAGUUUGGAAGUUGCUUCAGAAUAUUUUAGAUGUGGGGCUGAUAAGAUCUCCAUUGGAAGUGAUGCAGUUUAUGCUGCAGAAGAAUAUUUAAGAACUGGAGUGAAAAGUGGAAAAAGCAGCUUAGAGCAGAUAUCCAGAGUUUACGGAAAUCAGGCUGUGGUUGUAAGCAUUGAUCCUUGCAGAGUGUAUGUUAAAAAUCAAAAUGAUGUAAAGUUCAAGACUAUAAGAGUAACAAAUCCAGGUCCAAAUGGUGAAGAAUAUGCUUGGUAUCAGUGUACAGUUAGUGGUGGGCGGGAAGGCAGACCAAUUGGAGCAUAUGAGCUUGCAAAAGCAGUUGAGGAGCUUGGAGCUGGAGAAAUUUUGCUAAACUGCAUUGAUUGCGAUGGUCAAGGGAAAGGAUUUGAUAUAGAUCUAGUAAAGCUCAUCUCUGAUGCUGUGACCAUUCCCGUGAUUGCAAGUAGUGGGGCUGGUGGUGUUGAACACUUCUCAGAGGUUUUCAUGAAAACAAAUGCAUCUGCUGCCCUUGCUGCUGGCAUAUUCCAUCGCAAGGAGGUGCCAAUUCAUUCUGUAAAGGAGCACUUGCUAAAGGAAGGCAUAGAAGUCAGAAUCUGAACAACAUUAUUCCUCCUAACGCUGUCAAUCUGUUUUCUGGACUCAAGACUAUCCAAAAAGGAAAAUGAUGGAGAGAGAUGAGAGAUGUUAAACUCUUUGACCAGAGCGUGUACUGUAUGAUUAGAUCAAUUUUGUAGCAAGCAUUGAUUCCAAAAGUCCUUCAAGUUAUUUGGUUGUGGUAACCUUAGUUUAUUGCCUGAGACAGAACGCUUAGAAUGUAAUUUUUGUUCGUUCCUGUAUGAUUCCAGUAAAUGAUUUUGUUAAAUGAGAUUUUCAAAGUUUUUUAUUGUUCAACCUGGUAA